CACUACGACCGCGUCGUGUGUCUCUGUCUUCAGUCAUGGUCAGAAAUCAUAUAAACGGGGGUUUCUGACUCAUUUUUGCAGUUCUGAAUGGAAUCCCUCUGAAAGAAUGCCGUUUCGUCCGGUUUUCUCAUGUCGCUUCUCUUUCCGCUGACGAAAUUAUGAGUGUACGCCGUGAUUUUGUGUAUAGUCUGCCGGCGUGCCUUGGCCAACAGCGGGAUUAAGUAGUCGCUACAUGUAUAUGUGUUCGUUCACUGGUUACUUUCUUAAAUGAUUACAACUGACGGUAAGAGUGUGUCACACGUUUAUCCUAUUCUGGGCAGAACAGUCUCACGGCAGACGACACAAUGGUGGAAUUGAAGUGGGAUAUCUUUUAUGUCGUGUGUAUUUAUAUCAUCUUAGUGGUAGCAGACAAACCAGCUCCUGUGAUAAAUACCAGUUACGGACAGGUUCGGGGAAAGCGGGUGAUUUUGGACAACCCGGACCUCAGGGACGUUGACCAGUACCUCGGAAUACCCUAUGCAGCACCCCCCACAGACAGUCUGCGGUUUCGCGAACCUCUGUCACCGGUUCGGUGGCAGGGCAUACGGAACUCCACCGUGUACGGCCCGGCAUGUCCACAGAAUUUAGAAAUAACGGAAAAUACUUCGCCAUGGAGAAGGAAAUAUCUAGCUCGGGUUGUCCCGUACAUGCAAAGUAUAUCAGAAGAUUGCCUGUAUUUGAAUAUAUUCAAGCCAGUUAAAGAGCCAAGCCGAGGUGAUAUGGAAAUAGAAAAGCGUCCUCUAGCGGUGAUGGUGUUCAUUCAUGAUGGUUUUUAUAAAGAAGGAUCGGGGAAUCUUUUUGAUGGAUCUGUAUUGGCGGCUUAUGGUGACGUCAUCGUUGUAACUUUCAACUACAGACUUGGAAUUUUGGGUUUCCUUUCGACAGAAGACGAGGCCGCGCCUGGUAAUUUUGGCCUAAUGGAUCAAAUAUUGGCAUUACAAUGGAUCAAAACUAACAUCCAAGAGUUUGGUGGCAAUCCUACAUUGAUUACUGUGUUCGGUACUGGAACUGGUGGUUCAUGUUCACAUUUACUGAUGUUGUCAAACUUGACUACAGGCUUGAUACAUCGUGUGAUCGCCCAGAGUGGCACGGCUAUUGCACCAUGGGCACUGGCUAAUAAUCCCAGCAAACACACACAUCAAGUCACCGUAGCCUUCGAUUGUGAGCGUGAAACCACGAGGGAGAUUGUUGAAUGCCUAAGGCACGUACCACACGAUGAAUUGACCCGACUUCCGACGCAAAUAUCCAGGUAUUAUCCAGCUUUCGGACCAGUUGUUGACGGUUACGUCAUACUGAAGGACCCCCUUGAGAUACUCAAAGAAAAGGCGGAGAUUGCGCAGUCAAAGGUACAAGAUGAUGAAUUACCUGAAUCGCUAAGUGGGAUUCCUUUAAUGACGGGACUGGUGAAAAGCGAAGCCUUUAAUCUGAUUGCUAACGAUACAGACGAUCGCGGUCGAUUAGAACCAUUUAGAUACCGAGAAAUAGUCAAGGAAUUUGUAGAAAGCAUAUAUGGAGAAGAUACACUUGCAAGUGAGCAGGUCGCACAAGCCAUGGACUUCGAAUAUACUGACUGGGCUGGCGGUAAAAAUAAUCCGUACGAACUUCGUGACGGUCUCAUCGAUGCUAUGACGGAUAAUCUGUACGGAUUACCAGUCACACAGACAGCGCAAUUGACGUCACUAUCCAAAUCACCAAUUUAUCUCUAUUCUUACGGUCAUCGUUUGAAAAGUGGAGACUCUCCGCGGUGGACGGGGGCAACUCACGGCGAAGAACUGCCUUUCUUGUGUGGAGCAGCGUUAUUGUCGUCAGGAAUGGGUAUAAUGCAGUACAAUUUCAGCAAAUCGGACUCGCUUAUUAGUUUAGCUGUAAUGACAUACUGGAGCAACUUUGCUAAGAAGGGUAACCCCAACUUACCUGUUGGACAAGUAGCAGCUGAUAUUCAUCGAUCAUAUGAACUGAAAUUCAAAUUUGAAAAUUUACAUCAAGGCGGCGGUUGGCCUCGAUUUACAGAUGACCACCAGGAAUUCAUACAUAUCGGCUCCUCACCGAAGGUUCGCGACUUUUACCGAUCUCAUAAACUCGCAUUUUGGACCGAGUAUGUGUCCGGUUUAGUGGAGUCUGCGCAGAAAGCAAGUGUGACGUCACCACCUACGGAACCAAUAGAAACAGAGAAACCUAUCCAUACAACCACAAUAUCUACCACAACGACAUUGCCUGUUAUCAUUAUACCUAAACUCACACCCCCAUAUGAGAUCCCGUCUCUGGAGCCCGGGUUUACAUUUAACAUCACGCGAGACUCAAAAAAGGAAGAUCGGGACUAUACACCGGAACUUAGUAUGGUAGUUGCAGCAGGAUGUGCACUUUUAUUUUUAAACCUUGUCGGUGCCGCCACUUUGUAUUACGUCAAAGACAAGGCAGCUAUGGAUGCGAUGAAGGCUGCGGGUCCAGGAAGAACGACAAAUGUUUAGAAUGUACUUACCACUUCUAUGAACGGAGAGCCAAUUUCUUGAAAUUUGAAGGAAAACGUCCAGUCGUAAAAAAAAACUGUAUGCAACCUGUAGUAUGAGUAACAUGUUCAAAAGCAGAUCGUUAUUUUAUAUGAAUGAUACGUCGGCAACGCCACCUAGUGGUUAACAAUAAUGAUGACUUUGUUUUCAGGGAUAAAUUGAUCAAGCAACGUAAGAAAGUCAAUGAAUCACUGCCAUAAACUUUUCAGGUAUAUUCACUGGAUAUAUGCGAUACUUCUGGUUUUAUUGAAGGUGUCCGUCACACGGCCACGUUUGUUUUUAAUUGAAAUCGAAUUAGUAUUCUAACCGCAUUACAUAGUAGUUUUUUAAAAAGCAAUUUUAUCAAGCAAAUACCAUUUUCAAAAUCCAAUUUAUACUGAAGAGCUGACCAAAGAUCGAUCAGGCAUAGUUUGAUGGUGCUGCUAUUUAGCCUAUACGAUACAUACCAUGGAUAUAUGAUAUUAUUUUGCUAUGCAAUUUACAUAAAUGUCGGUUUUAUUAGUAACCAGUGGGCUCCAGUCACCGUGUUGGUGUCGCUUGCACGUAGGAUAGUUUAUUGAACCCCGGCUGCAUUAACCGGGUUCGUGUACGUCGUGGGAGGGCGCCGUAUCAUGUGGUGGUUCACAUGUUUAGCGUAUAUUGCGCUGUGUGAUGUACUUGGCCUGUAUAUCCCUUUAAAUGCUAUAUAUCUUAGAAAUACAUUCAUUUCUAUGGGUAUACAAGUACGUGAAAUAUAACGGGUAUAUAUAGUAUCAUAUACUGCAUUAGUGUCCCACGGCGUUGCACCGCGUGACUGUGGAUAUCAGUCACGGUGACAACGUGACCAGUGAGUGCGUCCAGAUGUGUGUAACUAGCGCUCUAUUGUAUCGCAAAAUACGGCAGUUACUGCUGAAAUGUAUAUACAAAUUAUAAUAUACUGUACACUCUUUACUUACUUAAUGACUGCGUUUUAAUUUUGUGAUUUUUGAUGAUUAGUGAAAAACGCUAAAUGAAGUCGAAUAUGUACAAUUAUAAAAGAACUCGCUGUUUUAACUUGGAAUUCUGUGAAUUUAAAACCAUGUGAAUAUAAUGAAAUAUCAAAAAUUGUGAGUUAUCCGUAUUUGUGAAUGACCUGAUUUAUCGUUGCCAUGAAAACCUGUCAAAAACAUCCAAUCACGAAACAUGGCGGUUAGAGUCUGCUUUUAUAGAUUCAUGAUGAAUAUCGCCCAUCAUUUUUUUUAACAACUAUGGCACCUGAUUUUGUGAUCCGCCCCACCAGAAUUAUUAAUAACUCAUGCUUAGUCAUAUGUAUUAUACUUUGAGAUAUUAUGCUUCAGAAACAUUGCCAUAGUAACGUGUAAUGUAAUGCAGUGACGUCAUUAUUACCUGACGGUUGUACGGUCGGAAUGGUGUGAAUGGCUUAUACAAAUAAGAAUUGUAAAUUACAAAUUUUAUUACAAUAUGUACAUGUAUUUAUAAGAUGUUUAGUCACGAGAGUAAUGUUUACAAUUAAUUUCAGGUCUUCUUGAGUGAACUUUUAACGUCAAUAAAACAAAUUUUUAUUUAUACGAA